CCCCUAUAAAAAGGCCGCAAAGCGCGCCGGCUCCACAGUGCGAGGUGGCGGCGACGACGAGGCGCGGUUCUUUCGCCAACCACUCCGAUUAAAACUAUAAUCCUAUUCUAUUCCCGAGGUAGGCCGGCCAGGUUGAAAAUGACUGACGUGGAGCAGCAGCAGCAGCACCCGAAGGGUCCCCAGAACGGUCAUUACGAGGAGGGAGAGGGGCUGGAUGGCGGCGAGGAGAUGGUGGCGGACGGAGCGGAGGCCCCGGUCAACCCCGACACCGAGGGCUCCAAGAUCAACGCCAGCAAGAACGAGGAAGACGCCGGGAAAAUGUUCGUGGGCGGUUUGAGCUGGGACACCAGCAAAAAAGACCUGAAAGAUUAUUUUUCCAAAUUUGGCGAAGUUGUGGAUUGUACGAUUAAGAUGGAUCCCGCCACAGGCCGGUCGAGGGGGUUUGGAUUUAUCCUCUUCAAAGAUUCUUCAUGUGCCGACAGGGUGUUGGACCAAAAAGAACAUAAAUUAGAUGGCCGGGUGGUUGAUCCAAAAAGGGCAAUGGCAAUGAAGAAAGAACCUGUAAGGAAAAUCUUUGUUGGAGGCCUUCAUCCAGAUACUCCAGAGGAUAAGAUCAGAGAGUACUUUGGAAGCUUUGGUGAGGUGGAAUCAAUCGAGCUUCCAAUGGAUAGCAAGACCAACAAGAGAAGAGGGUUUUGUUUCAUCUCGUUUAAAGAAGAGGAGCCAGUGAAAAAGAUCUUGGAGAAGAAGUACCAUGAUAUUGGAAAUAGCAAGUGUGAAAUUAAAGUGGCUCAGCCUAAAGAAGUUUAUCAACAGCAACAGCAGUGGGGAGGCAGAGGCACCCUUACGACAAGGGGCAGAGGUGGUGGUCGUGGAACUGGUCAAAGUCAGAACUGGAGUCAAGGAUACAGCAAUAAUUACUGGAGUCCAAGCUAUGGCAGCAGUUAUGGUUACAGCGGGCAAAGUGGCUAUGGUGCAUAUGGAGGCUAUGAUUAUACUGGCUAUAAUUACAAUAGUGGUUACUAUGGUGGAUAUGGACAAGGAUAUGACUACAAUCAGAGCAAUGGUAGCUAUGGGAAAGCGCCAAGGCGUGGGGCAGCUCAUCAAGGGAGCUACAAACCGUAUUAGUAUGGAAUAUGAAUGCAGAAUACUGUGUAUUCAUGCAGUGCAUAGAACAUGAUAGGAUAGGAGCAUACAACCACCAAAGUGUAAAAUAGUAAGCGUGCAUAUGGCUCCAGUGAAAUCCGACUUACGUAAUAUUCGCCUUGCGGAACGGCUUCCGGAACCGAACUCUUACGUAAGUCGGGGACUUUCUGUACUAGGUAUAGUGUAGCGACAAACUUAAGGGUGCAUUGCAAUAUAUUAUUGACUAUAGAUUUUAAGAAUGUUUUGGUAUGAAUUAAAUGCUCUACAUUUGUGUGUGUUGCCCAAUUUCAAUGUCUCGGCAGUAAACAGUGCUCAUAGACACAUCAGUGACACCGUUUUGAUUUUUUUCAUGACUAAAAUUCAAGUAGACCGCACGCACACUUUGUUCCUGUACUGAUAAGCACAGUAAGAAGUUAUUCUGAACCUUUUUUAGC